GUUCUCUAACACUGGCCAAGCUGUUAUUUAGCUCUAACUACACUCUUUCUGCAGGUGUAACCAGGUAUAAGGUGUUGCUGUCUGUGCUGACGGGAGCGUCACAUCAGAAAACACCUCAUUCAGGAAAUGGUAACAUCCAGAGGAUGCACCGAUUCCAGAGGCGUGGAUUCCCAGCACUGUUGUCUUCUUAAGGACAAAUAGGCUCUUUGCCUUUAACUCUCCUGUAGCCCACUGUGCAGAGAAAUGUAGUGCUAGCCUUCUGUUUUGUCGGCACAUAAGAAGAUGUGCCGUCUUCUUGUUUCUAAUAAUAGCCAAUCUUAUUUUUACCACACCGACGCCUUAUUGCAUUAUGGAUGCCUCUGGAAUGGUGUCCCUUCAAGAUAGCGUGGGAGUAUUUCAGUAGAGGCUGGGGCCGCGCAUCUCAGGGCUAAAUGCUCCAGCAUCAUCCCAGUCUGCCCGCCUAUAGCUGCAAGAGCAUCUCAUUUACCGGAGGCUGUUCCCGUGCCAUGCCUGUAGUCUGAGUCCAGGCUCCGGUGCACGGGGAUGCGCUUCUUUUACCCGCAGCUGAAGACUUGAUUUUCUGCAUGCCGGAUUUAAGUCCACAGGAGCGCUAUGCGGGAGUAUAAGGUGGUGGUGCUGGGCAGCGGCGGGGUGGGGAAGUCCGCCCUGACGGUCCAGUUUGUCACCGGGACAUUCAUAGAGAAGUACGACCCGACCAUUGAAGAUUUCUACAGGAAGGAGAUCGAGGUGGACUCCUCUCCGUCGGUGCUGGAGAUCCUCGACACAGCCGGCACCGAGCAGUUCGCCUCAAUGAGGGACCUCUACAUCAGGAACGGCCAAGGCUUCAUCCUGGUCUACAGUCUGGUCAAUCAGCAAAGUUUUCAGGACAUCAAGCCCAUGAGAGACCAGAUCAUCAGGGUCAAAAGGUACCAGCAGGUGCCGGUGGUGCUGGUGGGUAACAAGGUGGACCUGGAGGACGAGAGGGAAGUGUCCCCCAGCGAGGGCCAGGCGCUGGCGGAGGACUGGGGCUGCCCUUUCAUGGAGACGUCGGCCAAGAGCAAGACCAUGGUGGAUGAGCUUUUCGCCGAGAUCGUCAGGCAGAUGGACUUCUGCCCUCUGCCGGACCGGAGGGAGACCUGCUGCCCCGCCUGCAGCUUACAGUAGCAGUCGAUCAGUCUGCUGGAGGGGUGAUGGAUGGGAGGAGAGCAGAAAUUAGAAUGCAAAUUAAUUCAUGUUAGAUAGACUGAAGAUGGAGGGGUUUAAACCAAACAGCCACUCCUGCUUUCACUGUUUCUACCUGCUUUCUGUAUCUAACAGUUCAAGCCUUUGAGUUGGUUAAGAGGCAUUCUGGGAAAUGUAGGAAAUCAUGUAGCAGAAGUAGACAAAGCAGCACUCAUCACUCCUCCGACACAGGGUGGAUUUUUCCCCUAAAAGGAAAAAAAAAACAACACUUGACCUCCUGCAUCCAUCACCAUCCUCCUGAUUAGCAAGAUUGAAUUUUCGGGGUUUCCCAAAGGCAGCAUGGUGCCAAAACCAUCUAUAAAAGCCAUUGACAAAGCGGAUCAUAGUGCUAAAUGCAUUUGGGAAACCAGCCACAGGUCAAAGCAGGGAUGGCAGAGUGCUCAGCAGUUCUAUUUGUCCUGUUUUCUUUUGCUCGUGUUUUUCUUUUUGCACUUUUGGGACUUUAUGACAGUGCAAAACCAAUCACCACCAAGUAUCUGAAGGGAUGUCACCACUGUGAAGCAGUCAUACUGGAAGUUGAUUAUACAGCAGGCCCGCCUAACUAUGAAUGAAUGAACAGAUGAACGAAUGUCUAAAAAGGAAACUGCACCUUUGGGGAAAUUCAUUCAGAAGAUCCCAAAUGUUGACAUACUGUGGAUGACGUGUGCAUGAAGUUGUAAUGUCACACUGACAUUGAGUACAAUCAAUCUCACCCAAAGAGACAGCAUCGAUCAAUCAACCAACCAGUCAGUCAGUCAUCAUUAAAACGUACGGACAGUCGUCUUCACACCUUACAGAUGAUACAAAUGCCUUGUUACAUUGUAUGAAGUGAACAUCAGUGUCAGUGUGUAGUUCAUUUAUCUCAAGUCACAUCAGAUAUGUUAGUGGUUCAAUGUCUGAAACACUUAUUUUCAACAAAAAUAAAUCUUU